CAGUUAAACAACUCACUCAAUAGAUUAGUAGUCCUUUUACAGCGCCAGCGAAAUGGCGAGACACGGAAUAAUAUUUCUGUUUCUAACAGCGCUAAUACCCCUCAUUUCGGGGCAGUGCGACUUGAAGACAGCGACACCAUUUUUCAAGAGAGCCGUCUACGAAUUCACUUUGGAUCUAGUGGGGAGGAUUAACCAAGAAACUGAAAGCCAUUUCGUCUCAUCGGCGCUGUCACCAUGGACUCUGUUAUCGGCUAUGUCGCUGGGCGCCUCAGACACCUCGCUCCAGGAGAUAAAGGAAGUAAUUAAGCUACACCCUCACAAAUGUUUCAACAACCUAUACUUCCAACUAGUGAACCAAGUGACCAUGAAACCUAGUAACCCGACCGCGAGCAUGCUGGAACGCAGUUCAACUAUCUUCUUGGACGACACGCUGUACGUCAAACAAUCUUUCUUCGACGCCAUAGCCAAGGUCGGUAUCUGUGAUGCCGCCAUCGUCUCGUUUGCAGACGCGACAGUAACCGCUGCGGUUAUUAACGAACAUGUACGAAGUGUGACAAACGAAGCCAUUGACGAAAUAGUCACUUCAGGCGAUUUGGUAAACAUUUUGAUAGUUAUGAUAGACGCUUUGUACUUCAAAGGUGCUUGGAAAAUACCUUUCCCUUACGAAGACACUGAAUACAGUGCUUUCUACAACGAUUUAGGCCAGCAAAUUGGUGACGCGAACCUUAUGUACGUGAGUGGAGCAUUCAACAUGACAUCAGUGCCGCAAAUUAGUGCCAAAGUCUUGGAACUUCCUUACGGAGACGAAAGCAGGUACUCAAUGUUGAUAUUCCUUCCUGACAAAGAGGUUUCAGUAACAACGAUGAUUGAAAAGAUGAAGUACAUCAGCGUUAGUUCUGUCUUUAUAUUGUUCGAGCAGCAUCGACCAAGGACAGUGGCAGUGCAGAUUCCGAGAUUCAAAAUUUCUUCAGACUUGAACAACUUGAAGGAGUUGCUUAUCGACAUGGGUUUGAGAACACUAUUCGACCCGACACAAGCGAGCUUCCCUGGUAUAUCUGACUACCAGAUGAGUUUGUCUAAUUUCAUCCAGAAGGCUGACAUUGAAGUGACUGAGGAUGGUACGGUGGCUGCAGCUGCUACAGCAGCCUUGUUCGAGUCCAGGAUGUUACCAGAACAAUUCGUUGCCAACAAACCUUUCAUGUUCAUGAUUGUUGAUAGAAUCUUACAUGUUCCUAUUUUCACGGGUGCAUAUUCAAAGCCCAGUGACUUCUAAAUAAAUCUGUAGUUAUAAUUAUAAUUAUGAAGUUAUGUAUUUAAUCCAAGUGACAAAUUGUUAAUUGUUAUUAAAGAGUUUUAUUAAACUCUUCUGUUUGCUGUA